AUGUGCCCUCCAAUAUUGAGCGAUUUUGGGACAAGUGAGGGUUGGUUGGUUGACACUGGUUUGGGGAUUCUUUGGCUGGGAUUGAAGAUGACGGUUUCGGGGUUCGUGGGAGAUGUCCGAAACGCGGCGGCAACGACAGUCUCACUGAAGGUUGGUAGAUCUGGAGCGAAUAGCAUUGCGAUGGUGAUGGAGGUAGCAAGACGUGCUACGGCUGUUUUUGUGAUGGCUCUGCCGGUCUGCGAAGGGGACAAGAGUGUACCAUGGCCAAAUCUUUUGAGGUUACUGAGUUACCAGAUUUGGAAUCUUGGCUCACCUGACCCUAAUUUUACAUUGGAUGCGCAUCAGAAAGGAGUAAAUUGUGUUGAUUAUUUUACAGGUGGUGACAAACCAUAUCUAAUCACUGGUUCUGAUGAUCACACUGCCAAGGUAUGGGAUUAUCAGACCAAAGGUUGUGUCCAGACCCUAGAUGGUCACACACACAAUGUAUCUGCUGUAUGCUUCCAUCCUGAACUUCCUAUAAUCAUUACUGGUUCUGAAGAUGGUACAGUACGCAUAUGGCACUCCACAACUUAUAGGCUGGAAAACACAUUAAACUAUGGCCUUGAAAGAGUCUGGGCUAUUGGAUACUUGAAGGGUUCACGUCGAGUUGUGAUUGGCUAUGAUGAAGGAACAAUUAUGGUCAAACUUGGUCGAGAGGUACCUGUGGCUAGCAUGGACAACAGCGGAAAAAUUAUUUGGGCUAAGCAUAAUGAAAUUCAGACUGUCAAUAUAAAAGGUGUAGGAGCAGAUGUUGAGAUUGCUGACGGAGAAAGGUUACCUUUAGCUGUUAAGGAGUUGGGCACAUGUGAUCUCUAUCCCCAAAAAGUAGCAUUUGUACAUGAUUUAGCAAAUUAG